AUGAUCAUUGCAAGGUCACCUAGAAGAGUCAAUUGUUUUUCGUUACGUAAGGAGAAACCAGAAACUGCUCGGGUGACGGGAAGGGGGUUGUGUGCUAGGUUAUCCACAUGCCUACCUUUGAGCCGCACCCCCGCCCGCGGGGCGGGGAGGCAGACGGCAGCGCUGGGGGUGGGGGCUUUGUCUGACGCUGCCUGCCUGCAGGCGACGGUUGGAAAAGGGGGGCGAUGGGCCGAUGCUGCGGACGCUCCGCGGGGUCGCCAUAAAGGCUGCGCGGCUCGGCUACGCGGCCCUCUACGUGACCGACGGCUCAUGGAGCCCGGCCCGCUCACCUCUCAGUGCGGCCCCGACACUAUCAACCCUCUGCUCCCCCCCCUCCACCCCGCGUCCGCCCGCCGCCGCCCCAGCCCAGAACAAAGGGCUGAGGGGGAGCUCCAGCGCCCCCAACCCUCGCGCGCCCGCCACCGCGCCCCAACUGCCACCAACGGCUCCCAACGGCCGUUGCGUAGACGGCGACCCACGCGCGAGGCAUGGCGAAAGCCUGAGGGGAAGAAACGGCAAGUGAAAGCCCGACCGGGGAGAUGGUUCAGCGUCUACGCGAAAUGCCUUCCUAAAAAUACAGCCUUAUCAAAACGUCUCUGAAGGCGUGGAGUUAAAAAUCCGAGCAAAUGGUCUCGAACGUCUACACGCACGGCUCUGAAGAAAAGACCAGAAAU